AACAAAAAAAAGUUGACUGCGCUUGAAAUGCUGGUGAAAGCAAAAGAAUGAACUGUUUGGGGAGUAUUUGCACAAUUGCUGAGUAAACGAAUUACCGGCGAACAAGCGGAAUGUAUUCAUAAACACCUGGAUCUGCACUGCCGGCCCCACCUGCGAAUUGGAACGCGUACGCGGCGCGUAUUUUAAAGCGGCCCCCAGGCGGCAGCGCCGCAUUUCUUAGCCGUUCCGCGGAGUUGUUGGACUGCUGGCUGGACAACAACAACGGCUUGAUUAGUUGGCAGUAAACAGAGCUGGCGAUCGCAUCGGUCAUUCACAUCGCCCCGCAAUAGCCAGUAAGCCAGUUAGGCCGUUAGCCAGUUAGCCCGUUUGCCAAGUUAACCAAGGUGCGAAGAGGCCCCCGCCAUGGGUCUUCGAUUCCAGCAGCUCAAGAAGCUGUGGCUACUCUACCUCUUCCUGCUCUUCUUCGCCUUCUUCAUGUUCGCCAUCAGCAUUAACCUCUAUGUGACCAGCAUCCAGAGCGCCGACUCGGAGCUGCGUCACCCCAAGCCCCCGCCCAAGCGCCGCUCCCUCUGGCCGCACAAAAACAUCGUGGCUCACUACAUCGGCAAGGGAGACAUCUUCGGCAACAUGACUGCAGACGAUUACAACAUCAACCUGUUCCAGCCCAUCAAUGGAGAGGGCGCCGAUGGGCGACCUGUUGUGGUUCCGCCUCGCGAUCGCUUUCGCAUGCAGCGCUUCUUCCGGCUGAAUAGUUUCAAUCUGCUGGCCAGCGACCGCAUCCCGCUGAACCGCACACUUAAGGACUACCGCACCCCUGAAUGCCGCGACAAGAAGUAUGCCAGUGGGCUGCCCAGCACUUCGGUGAUCAUUGUCUUCCAUAAUGAGGCUUGGUCCGUGCUAUUACGCACAAUCACCAGUGUAAUUAAUCGCUCACCGCGACAUCUCUUAAAGGAAAUUAUUCUGGUAGAUGAUGCCAGUGACCGCAGUUACCUAAAACGCCAGCUGGAGAGCUAUGUGAAGGUUCUUGCAGUGCCCACGAAGAUCUACCGUAUGAAGAAGCGUAGUGGACUAGUCCCGGCCCGUCUUCUUGGCGCUGAGCAUGCACGCGGCGACGUGCUGACCUUCCUGGACGCCCACUGUGAGUGCUCACGGGGAUGGCUGGAGCCACUGUUAUCCCGCAUCAAGGAAUCGCGUGAGGUUGUCAUCUGCCCGGUGAUCGACAUCAUCUCCGACGACAACUUCAGCUAUACAAAGACCUUUGAGAACCACUGGGGCGCCUUCAACUGGCAGCUGAGCUUUCGGUGGUUCUCCUCGGAACGAAAACUGCAGACGCCGAAAGCUAGCUCCAAGGACAGCACCGCUCCAAUAGCAACGCCAGGAAUGGCUGGUGGCCUGUUCGCGAUUGAUCGUAAAUACUUUUAUGAAAUGGGAUCAUACGACACCAAUAUGCGCGUCUGGGGCGGUGAGAACGUAGAGAUGUCCUUCCGCAUAUGGCAGUGUGGCGGGCGCGUUGAAAUCAGCCCCUGCUCCCACGUGGGCCACGUAUUCCGCAGCAGUACGCCGUACACCUUUCCCGGCGGCAUGAGCGAGGUGCUUACAGACAAUCUGGCAAGAGCAGCGACCGUGUGGAUGGACGACUGGCAGUACUUUGUGAUGCUCUAUACCUCGGGACUGACACUGGGCGCAAAGGACAAGGUGAAUGUGACGGAGCGAGUAGCGUUAAGAGAGAAGUUGAAGUGCAAGCCGUUCUCCUGGUACCUGGAGAACAUAUGGCCGGAGCAUUUCUUCCCUGCACCGGAUCGCUUCUUUGGCAAGAUCAUUUGGUUGGACGGCGAAACGGAAUGCGCUCAGGCCUACAGCAAGCAUAUGAAGAAUCUUCCAGGCCGUGCUCUCUCACGGGAAUGGAAGCGUGCCUUCGAGGAGAUUGAAACCAAGUCGGAUGAAUUGCUAUCGCUGAUAGACCUGGAGAGAGACAAGUGUCUCCGUCCACUUAAAGAGGACGUACCACGGUCGUCCCUCUCGCCGGUGACCGUGGGAGACUGCACCUCUCACGCCCAGAGCAUGGACAUGUUCGUGAUCACACCCAGGGGCCAGAUAAUGACCAACGACAACGUGUGCCUGACCUACCGCCAGCCCAAGCUGGGUGUGAUCAAGAUGCUGAAGAACAGAAAUGCCACCACAUCGAACGUAAUGCUGACGCAGUGCGCCAACGACUCUAGCCAAUUGUGGACAUAUGACAUGGAUACCCAGCAAAUCUCUCAUCGAGAAACCCAGCUGUGCCUCACUCUGAAGGCCGCCACGAAUUCCCGUCUUCAGAAGGUCGAAAAGGUGGUGCUUAGCAUGGAGUGCGACUUCAAGGACAUUACCCAGAAAUGGGGCCUCAUACCGCUGCCAUGGCGCAUGUAAUGCAAAAGACCAUAUAAUAAUAAGAUUCAUAACGUCCCUACAGUUGGAAAGCAUCUGUCACUAGCAAAAAGCAGAUAAUGUUAUCUGUGCGUACAGAUUUAGAAUGUUUGCAAAGAAUCGUCUGGCGUUAUUCAUUAUUAUUCAUUAUAUGCCUUUGGUAGAGCAGAGUGUGCAAUGCCAGUGCCAGGACACAAUAUAUCCAACAACCCUGCCAGCAACUCUCUAACGCAAUGUGAUAUUUAUUGAAAUUGUUUAACGAACUUCACUCGUUGAUUUGUUUUUGUAAACAAAUAAUCCAGACCCCACGCACACGAACACUAGACACCUGUAGACUAGCAAGACCUGAUUCCACCCUGACCUAAGAGGAUGAAAAGGCGUGUCAGCGGAAUCGGAAUACAACACUUAACACCGAACACUGAACACCGAAACAGACCCACAAGAAUUGUUUGUAAAACACUUUAACCCGAGUGCGUCCGGGAGCUUUUCUCCUGCCCGCAUUGCGACGCUAUAGAAUGCUAUGUCUAUGUGUCAUAUCUGAUAAGUCUUAGGCAAUUUUUAGCUGUACUUAAUACCUUGGAAAUAACAUUUUAUAUAUCUCAUAAAUAAAGCAACCGAAAUUAGACAAAU